AUGUACUCCGUAUUGCCGAGCGAAUGUAUCAACGCAAAGGAAAUUCUCGUCCAUCAAAGCCUAUUAGUUGCGAAUCUUGUCUCUCUCACGGAUGCUCGAUGGGUAUGGUGGAAUACCAUUACAAGAGAGGCAGGCGUUCCAGAACCUCGUCACAAAUGGGUUCAGUGUGCAGAUUCGUCGACCCAAGAUCUCCUCGCCCAUAUGAGCGAUAUUUGCGACUUCAUCGACCAUAUGGCAUUCCCAGAUCUUUCCUCAUUGCACUCCUUACCUGUCGAGCGCAAACAUGAAACGAAUGACGAGCGGCGCGGUGCAGCUUCGGAGGCGAUAUUAAUUCACUGUGAUCUUGGAAAAUCACGCUCGCCGACUAUUAUCAUUGCCUAUCUCAUGCGCAAGUUGAACAUGCAGCAAGCAGACAUAUUGCAUUUCGUUCAAUCAAAGCAAAAAAUCAAGCCGAGCACGAAUUUUACUCGUCAACUUCAAGUUUGGGAGGAGGUUGGAUUCCAAGUAUGGGAGGAUGAAGAUAGGACUGUCCCGAAACCAGCGUACAAAGCAUUUCUGGAAAUUCGAGAUGUUCUUCUCCGAAAAAGAGGGCUUACAGGAAAUGAGCCACUCGCACCCCAGAGCCUUUAA